AUGGAAGGCGUGGACGCGUCUUCGUCCACAGACGGCGCAACCGUCGCCGUGACGGCGGAGGCGUCCUCAACAGAUGGUAAUCCGGGCAGGAGGUGCAUAGGGGAACGUGACAAGAACACCAGCAGUGGCGUUCUCGUUACCCCCGCGUGUGGCCGCACCUCCAAGCCUGUAACACUACACACAGUAUGGCCCAACAGUAGGGCGGCGCAAGUAGCGCGUGGCGACACGCCNAAGCCUGUAACACUACACACAGUAUGGCCCAACAGUAGGGCGGCGCAAGUAGCGCGUGGCGACACGCAGCAACAGCAGCGCGUCACAUCACUUGGGAAUCGGUACCACAACCGUGUCACCGAGCUGCCGCUUGCAUCUCUUGACCUUGUUUUCACGUUCCUUCCAGUAGGUGACCUGUGCACUGUGCUUGGUGUGUGCCGAAUUUUUUAUCGCGCCGCUGUGGAGUCUGACCGCACCGCGUGGAAGGCCCGCUGUCUUUCGAUGUGGCGCUGCAAGCAGGGCUUCGCGCGUAUUGCAAAAACGUGGGACGACACGGAAGAAGCGUGUCGAUUGGAAGAACUGGAGGUUAUUUCCCUGCAACAGCGCAUGUUGAGGGAGAUGCACCUUGGCGAUGCGGCCGUUACCGCCGUUUCCGAAGUAAGCGACUGGCUCUUCCGUGGCACUGUGGCAGGGACCGACUCACUUGCCUCAGAGCUGGCCGCAGAGAACGAUUGCCCCGUCAUUGGCACACCUGUGGGAAUGCACUCGCGUGAAGCACAUCAGCAGCUGCAGCUGCAGUUGCUGCCGACAGUGCAGCGGGGAGGGNCCUGUGGGAAUGCACUCGCGUGA